AUGUUUUCUCUGUUUGACGACACAGGGUUCAAGGUAAAUGGAGUCAAGCAUGAAGGCAGCUUACUUUGUGUGGGAAAUUUGAUUAUGUCUUGGGCUCCCAAGAAGUUUGCGGACAUCAGUGAUGAAACAUGUGAAACCUUAGAGAUUUUGAUUCUUGGAUGUGGAAAGUAUGUACAGCCCGUAAAACCCGAACUCCAUAACUUCAUUCGCUCCACAGGCAUGAAAUUUGAAGCAGUCGAUUCACGAAAUGCAGCCUCGACAUAUAACCUGUUGAAUGAAGAAGGGAGGAUAGUGGCAGCUGCUCUCAUUCCAUAUGGAGUCGAGUCAUGAACACGGAAUCCUGCGGCUUGCAGAAAUCGAGCUUGCAGCUGAAAUCCUUGAUAGUGUUUUUGGAUAUUAUCAGAUCAGGAAAAAAAAAAGGGGACAAGUUCAUGAAAGAUUCAACGUAAACAAAACUAAAGUGCAGACAUUGAGUUUUUUACCGUUGGAUCUCCAUAUAUACGGGUGUUUUCAUUCACAGUGAAAAACCCGGUGAUUUGCAUUGUGGUUCUGUCAUCUGUGUAGGUAAAAUCUACGAAGUUUAUUGAUGGGGAUGCUCAUUUUUUUCUGAUAGAUGAAAAUUGUUUCUUGUAUUUAUGUUAGGUUCACAAUUUAAGGCUUGCAUAUUUCAAUUAUUUAUUAUAAAGGUCACAAAUCUUGUUCUUUU